GUCGCUGUUUCCUCGCGCAAUGAGCCCUCGCGCUCUCCUUUCUAGGGAAAGAAGGCGGGGGUUGAAACAGCAGAAAGUUCAGCCUAAAUGUGACCCGCCUGCUGCCUGGCAGCUCCGCUACUAUCCUGUGACAGCAGCAGCUGCUCCCGCAGAGCGCGGAACCCCACAGCAACAUGAGCAGCUCCUGAGCAUUUCUCCAAACUCCUACAGAAGUCCAAGAACUCCCCGCACGUGGAGCCCAGCCCUGCAGACAUGUCCCCUCUGCAGAUCUCCGUCUACUGGCGCCUCUCCCUCAUUUUUUUCUUCACUUCGUUUCUUUUCUUUGUGGACAUUUUUACGGCUGCCAAAGCUGCCGAAACGUGUCGCCAUGACAACGACACUGCCGCGUUCUUUUCCCAGCAAGGAACUUUGUCCCCAAAGGUGGAGGUUAACCAAUCAGAGCGCGAGGAAGUUUUGGAGGAGGCAUCUGAUUGGUCCGCGGAGUUGGUGGCCGGAGAUUCAGUGUGUAGCUGGACUGACUGGUUGUCUUAUGGUCAGUCUGCCUUCAUGAUGGGCCUUUUGCUGGGAUCUUUGGUGGGCGGAGCAUUAUCAGACUGGUAUGGGAAGCGUCCAGUGCUGCUGGUGUGUGUGUGCGUGCACGCUGUCUGCGGCCUUGUGCCCGUCAUCCUUCCUCAGCCGUUUGUCUUCCUCACUGUUCGCUGCCUGACUGGGAUUUCGUGCUGCUGCAUCAACAUUUGUGCCUUCAGUCUAGCCGUGGAGUGGACCCUUCCUGCUGCUCGGCUCUGGCCGCCCGCCGUCCUGCCGUUUUGCUUCAGCUUGGGGACGAUGGGUGGGGCCCCUCUAGCCUGGAUCAGCCCCAGCUGGACACACCUGCACCUGACUCUGGCUCUGCCGCAGCUCGUGUGUCUGCCGCUCUUCUUUUCAAUACCUGAGUCUCCGCACUGGUUGCUCCUGCAAAAGAGGACAGAAGUUCUGGAGCGUUACCGUGGCAACAGCCCUGCAGAUAAACAUUGUCUGGACCUGCUGCUGGAUUCAGCCCGGUCAGACCUGCAGACGGCUGCAGAGGUGGAGACGGGUGCGCCUGUCAGUGGAGGCCACACCCCCAACGACUUCACCCACUUGAGGCACCCGACAAUUCUGUUGCGGCUCUUCGUCAUGAGUUAUCUGAGUGCUGCAUCUGCGCUGACCUACUUUGGGAUUUGCAUGAACAUCGGCUCGUUUGGCGUCGGCGUUUACACGGGCCAGUUCUUCUCCGGUCUGUCGGAGGCUCCCUGCCUGCUCGUGCCACUGGUUCGGUUGGGACGUCGGCCGAUCAGCGUGCUGUCUCUGUUCCUGAGUGGCGCAGCCUGCUUUGUGUCAUUACUGCUGUCCAGAUACCACUGUCCCCCAGUGUUGGUGAUGAGUCUGGCUCUGCUGGGAAAGCUCUGUAUCCUAGCUACGAUGUUCAUUUUCAACCUGUACAGCAUAGAGCUGUUUCCCACUGUUGUUAGACAGCGCUGCAUAUCUAUGGUCAACCUGUCUUUCCGCCUUGGCUGUCUGGCCACGACGCUUGUGCCCCCGAGCCCGAGCGGCGCCAUCUCGUUGGCCGCCAUGAUCGUGUACAGCAGCGGGCCGAUCUUAGGCUGCUCUCUUUGCCUGCUGCUGCCGGAAACCAGCGGCCUCCCGCUGCCAGACUCUUUGGAUGAUUGUCACAAGCAGCCCAAGUCACACCCACUAAACAUGGGCGCCCUCUGGAGGUGGUGGAAGCAACUUCACGGCCAGCCUCCGACAAAAGAGCGCCCCCUUCCUGACAAGGACGACAAGCACUCAACAACACCUUUUAUUUGAGUUUUUAUUUAUCGCACUCGACUUAGACCAAAGAGCCACAGAAACAACAAACACUAGUUUAUAUUCUUGUGAUUUCAAUUUUUUUGAAGAUUUUUGUUAACAUUGUUGCUUAAGUGGAUGUUUUCUUUUUUAAACUGUGUUAUUGAACAAUUUUCAUAAUUUUGUUCAUGCUGCAGCCACACCAAUCUACUUAAUUUAGAUCAAAUCUGGAAGCUGUCAAGAGGGAAAGCAGCCCCACUGCGAGGCUGCAUGUUACAAAGAGAAGCUGAUGGGCCGCUUUGGGUUUCUUUAGAGUUUAAAGUCUUGCAAAGUCCAAACACAGCACAAAAAAACGGUGAGAUAAAUCAGUUUGAUUCAUGAGCAGAGCACAAGAGAAUGACUGCGACUUUGCAUUUUGAUAUUUUUUUAUUGAAAGUAGGGAAAAGAUUCACUUUAGGCAUAAAACUUAUUUUUUUUGUGGAGUAAACAUUAGAACCCUGAACUUUGUCUUGUUUAGGUUUCUGGUGGAAACAGGGUAAGAAAAAAACUAGACCCCUAAAACUGGGCAUUUCCGUCACAACUAUGCAGUCUGAAUGUCAAACUUUGGGUCAAAAAGGAAGAUAAAAUGCUCAAGAUUGUCAAAAACGGGGUGAAAGGAUAUGUUGCCUCAUCCUACUAAAGCAACCAGAAAGACAAAAAACCAAAAAAAAAAAGUGGGAAAAAAUGCAUUUUUACAUUCCGGUAGACAAAAACACGACGAUAGUGUACUAAAAAGCCCAUGAAUCAUGUGAAUGAUCUAAGAAAAUGUAUUAUAAAUUGUAUUUUUUUUAAAUCAUGUUUUAUGUAAAGAUGAUUGUAACUCAUAACUUGCUAGGGUGUCGCUUUACAGAAACCACACAAGGCUCUAUAGCAAGUGCGAGGAAAAUCAUGACACCAUAUUCAUUUUAUGUAAGUUUUAAAGUCUAUUAAGAGAAUUUUGUAUUUUUUUUUAUUAUAUUUCUUAUAAGUUUUGGCAAUUUAAGAACAAAUGGAAUGUGUGGACUUUUGUCUUUCAUGGUGGUUGGUGGGUAAAGAUGUGCUCAAAUGUGCUGUUUGCUCAUGUCUUUACAUACUGGAAUGGUUGCUUUUGCACAGGUGGCAUAGAUGAAGUUUUUCGAGUUGUUUUUGGUAUGAGACAGGGGAAGUGGUUUUUAAAGUUGUCCUCCAUUUAUUCACUGAGAGCUAUCACAGCCAGAGGUGAUAGCUUUUUCAGAUCUUCGACAGUAAAAAAUAAUCAUAAAACCUAUUUUCCCUUGUGCUAUCCUAGGCACUUUAACAUUGGGAACUGGGUCAUCCAGACCCACUAGACAGUGUGUUGAACCUUUUUUCUUCAAUGAUUUGUGAACUUCACUGGUAUCCAUGGAUUACAUGAAAUCUUUCCACCUUUAUCCACCUGUGUCACGGUACGGAGAACACGUCAAUGUAAGGGUGGGGUCAUCUAAGAUAGCACAAGGGUUAUUCUAUUUUAUGAAUGCAUUUUUUUCUCUGAAGCAGCAAAAUCACUUUUGUGUUUUUAUUAAUAACAGUUUUUUUCAUUAAUUAAAGUAUCACCUUUGUGUAAUUGUGUGAACUUUAUUUUCUAAUAAAAUAAGAAGGCAGAAGCAUCGGACGGUUGCUUCCCAAGUCCAUUCGUUUCU